ACGGACGUCGCCAAGAGCCUCCACGGUGUCCUGUUUGUUUCUCGUACCGACCUGUGAAGAGUACGACGGCAGUCGGGUGCUGAGAGCAUGCGCUUGGAUGCGUUGGUCGCGUGGUAUCAGAAGAAAAUCGGCACCUACGACAAGCAGCAAUGGGAGAAAACGAUCGAGCAAAAGAUCCUGGCGGGCAUCACGCAUCUGCCGCUGAAGAACACCAAGCUCAAAACCGAACUCAUCGACGUCGAUCUGGUGCGCGGUUCCACCUUUCCGAAGGCUAAAUCGAAGCUCUCCAUCCUGACGGUGCUCUAUCUGGGCGCGUUGCGCUUCCUGCUGCUGCCCGUGUACGCCCGCUGGUGGGUCCAGCAAACGUCACCGGGUGUCUUUCUGUUGCUGCUCGUGCUGUACCUGCUGCAGAUGCUAAACCUUGGCAUCUACAGCUACCGGGUGCGCUCCGUAGGCCAGGACGAGGCCGAACAGAUCGAGCACAUCGUCACGAUGGCCGACUUCCUCAUUCCGCUGGCCCUGAGUCUACUACUGAGCGUGAUCCAUUCGCAGAUAGUGGCCACCGCAUCGAACAGCAACGGUUCGUCCAUGUUUUCCUGUGGAAACCUUUCCCCAAAGUUCCACUCGCAUGCUUCACCGGCGAGCCACAGCGGAACCGGGCCAUCGCUGUCGUCGACGACGUUCGGAAGCAACUCCAGCCGGAAGCAGCGUGAACAGCGUCUCCGACGAAAGCGCCGCGUUAGGGCGCAAUCCGAAACGACACAAUCGUCCGCAGGGAAGGCACCGUCCGAGGAGCGUCACGCGAGGAAAGCGUUCGCCAGUAUGGGAGGCUCAAAGUCGGCGACCAGCUCGCCGGCACGGACGGCCCCGAAGAAAGGCGCGUGCAGUACCAGCAGCAGUACCAGUAGUGAUGCCGUCGAGAGGAAGCAGCUUGAGGCGAACGGAGCAAGCUCGGUUGGGGUGGUGUCUCCGUUGGCACAGAUGAUGACGCCCAACGUGCCGGCCGCCUGCGAACCGGUGGAAGAUCCCGUUUCCAGCCGGCUCCGUGAGUCGGGUGGAACACCUCCGGUGGACCUAAGUGAGGAUCAGGAGCAGAGCGAACACGGUGAUCAUUCGCCACCGAAGGGGGACGCCUCUCCAACGGUCUCUGAUCAGGCUGGGGAUGAGCUUUUGAAUCUUCCCGUUGGGCUACGACGCCGAAACGUGAACUGGGAUCCAACGGUACCGGAACGGGCUGCAACGGCACCGUCGGUCGUCGAUGAUGAUGGGUUCGAGAGUUUGAACGGCAAAAGCUCGGGAGGAGAGGACAGUGCAGGGCACGUGUUUGGCGGCGAGAAAGCUUCCUAUCAGCGAAAGUUUCCCUUCACCAACGAUUGGAUCAACGGUAGUGGGGUCGUUGUUGACCCCAAGGAUCGCCCACUGUCCGACUCGGACACGGAUACGCUCAAGAAUAGUAACACGGGUCAGAAUACGCCCGUGACCGGUAGCACCCGGGGCGGCACCGAUCAGCACGAGCACCGAUCGCUUCGACCGAACCAUCAGCAGCUUGGCAGCUCGGCCACAUCGUCAACCGUACCCGGUUUUACCAAAGAACUGAAGCAAAAGAUGGAUAAGGCGGACCGUCGCCCGCGAGACUCAAGUAAGCAAUCGCUCCGGAGUGAGCCGGAACACGGCCCUUCGCCGCUCGUCGGCAGUGUGAAGCUUGCUGGCACGCGCGAUGACAAACCGGCAACGAGCGGAAGCGAUACGGACGAAGAGAAUGAGUACGAUUUGCAUUCACCGUCGCCGCCACACUUGCACUCACCGGCGCUUCGCCACCAUCUUCGCCAGCAGCAGCAGCAACAGCAGCAUCAACAGCCGUUACCGCACCAUCUGCUUCACCUUCACCAUCGUAACCCCUCCAUGCCGAUGCAUCCUCAUCUCGGCCCUUCCGUUCACCACACGCUCCAUACCCAUCAGCAUCACUUUAACUAUCACCAUCCGGCGUCGGCGCUGAGCGAAGGUGAAGAAUGUAGCUACAGCUCGGAGCUGGACAAUUCAGAUACACAGAACGAACGGUCGGAUGACGAAUACGAGCUGGAGGAUGCCCCAACGAUCAUCCUGAAUCCCUCCUGUGGAUCGACCGAUCGCGUCAGCUGUACCAUCUGGGAAGCACGGGAGGCCAAGAAGGCAGAAAUGUCCGUCCUCGACAUUUCGUCCGCCAUCAUCGAGCGGGUGGAAGCGAUGCCAGAGGCCAGCGACUACGUGUACAUCGGCGUUAUCCUGAGCGUGUUCCUAUCGCUCGUUCCCGCCUUUUGUCGCCUGUGCGAAGCGACCGUUGAUUCAACGAACUCGACGGAAGUGAACUUCCUCGACAUGCCCCUCAUACUGCUCGAGAAGGCGUCCUUCUCGCUGUUGGCCAUUCUGCGCUUUGCCUUCGGUGACACCACCUGGGAACGAUUCGUGCUCGUGCUAAGCUUUCUCCUGCGGCUCGUCCUUACCUUUCUGGUGUUUUUCUUGUUGGCCGUGGCCGAGCGUACUUUCAAGCAGCGAUUUUUGUACGCAAAACUCUUCUCCCACUUGACGUCAUCGCGCCGGGCACAAAAGUCCGCCAUCCCGCACUUCCGCCUGAAUAAGGUGCGCAACAUCAAGACGUGGCUGUGCGUUCGCUCGUACCUGAAGCGACGCGGACCACAGAACUCGGUCGAAGUGAUCGUAUCCGCCGUGUUUAUCAUUACGCUGCUGCUGUUGGCAUUUCUGAGCGUCGAAUGGCUCAAGGAUUCGGUGCACCUUCACUCGCAGUUCAAUCUGGAGGCGCUCGCGUGGUCAUGCGCAUUCGGAACAUUCCUGUUGCGGUUCAUGACUCUCGGUACGAAGAUUAACAAAAAGUAUAAAAGCGUCUCGGUGUUGAUCACCGAACAGAUCAAUCUUUACGUUCAGAUUGAACAAAAGCCCAACAAGAAGGAAGAACUGAUGAUAUCGAAUAAUGUACUUAAACUGGCAGCCGAUCUCCUCAAGGAACUGGAAUCUCCAUUCAAAAUAUCUGGCCUCAGCGCAAAUCCGUAUCUCUACACCACGGUGAAGGUGGUCAUACUGUCCGCCCUGUCCGGUGUGCUUAGUGAAAUGCUUGGGUUCAAGUUGAAGCUUCACAAAAUUAAGAUAAAGUAGAAGUUGCGCGAGUGUGUGGCCGUGAUCUGAUAGAAAACGUUAACUCCCUGAUUACCUGAUGGUGAACCGUUCCUCUUUGGUUCCUCAAAAAACCUGUAGAUCCUCAUACCUGAUGUUUCCUCUCGUCAACAAGCGACGACUUUUAGCAACGUAUCAUGUGUAGUCAAAUAGGAUACCGUUUGUGCGCGAUAGGCGUGUAUGGUUUAGUCAUAAGUCUGCAAACUGCACCGAAAACAGUAUACAGGGUUAGCGAAGCAUUCACUGGGUCCGUUGAUCGGUGCCGUAGCCAGGUAACUCGGCAGACACCGUACAAAGUACCGUGGCUGUGUGCGGGUGUGCCGUUGGAACUGACAAAGAAGAUAGUUCUUUUAUAUUUCUACACAAGUUUCUAUGUUAGAGGUAAGACAGUUUAUGGUAAUUCGCUUUGCCAGCAGCAUUCUCAGCUCCGCGUGUCUGUGUGUGUGUGGAAGAAAAGAAGCCAGGAACCCACGAAACGUUUGUUGAGCAUUUUAAGAAAGUUGACAAACAAUAGUACUGUUAGCUGUGUAGAGGAUCUACAGCAAUUAUGCCAUUACUGGUACGUUCUGGGUAGGGUGCAGAACGGUGACGAACGUAAUGAUCAAUCCUUAGCCAAUUUCUCGAUCCAUCGUUGCGUAGGGAAAAGGGCGUUAGAGAACAAAGUGUAUUUAAUAGUAAUUCAAGAUAAAGUCUAU